AUGAAGUCUGAAGAAUCGAAGCUGCUACAUCCAAGUUCACUUGUCUCUCAACAAGACCCAUCACACAUCAAACAAGAAGUAGAUCACGAUGCCCAAUCAUCAGCUGCUUUAUCCAACAAAAAUAACAAUGCCCAGCAUCAUGGUAAUGAAGAUGAGGCUAAUGAUGAAAUUAAUUCUAUGCCAUUUGAUGAAUUACAGCAAUUGUAUCAUACUUUACAGGACCGAUUCAAAACCGUAUCGACUGAGUUGGCCACGACAUAUGAAGAAGAACAGAAUCAACGCAAGACAUUGGCGUAUUACCAACGUCGAAACCAAGCUAUUUUGAACAUAUUGGAGCACUUGGAAGACAACAACACUAUUAAUAAUAAUAUGCCCAUUGACGAUACAGCUUCAGCUGUUGCCCAACGAAUAAAGCGGAUUGUGGAUAAAGUACCUCGCUUGGCUAGACUAUUAUCCCCGUUAACCCAUCAACACCACAAUCUUUCAUCAUCAUCAACGACAUCAUCAUCAAGUAGUAAUAUCCCAAUUUCAUCAAACACGUUGCUCAAUGCCUACUUGAUGGAGCAUAUACCCGAUUUGAUUGAUGAUGAUUUAAGCUCGAUAGAAAUCAACCCACAAUCAAUUGAAAGCUGGUGUCGACGCAAUUACAAUAACAGUAAUCGUAAUCACAAUUCCCUGAAUACCAGCUUGGUCCUGGGUACUACUGCGAAACCAAUCACGAUCCAGAUGUUGAAUCGGUUGAAUGAAUAUAACGGGGUUGAAUUUGAUUUGGGAAUCGAUGGGAAAUUGAUUGUUACGCCACAAGCUGCUAGUUCGUCGAGUAAGAAGAGGCGGAGGAAGUAG